GACGGCGAUGCCCUGUGUGGGCAGUCAACAGCACAACAAGGCCAAUUCGAUUAACACAGGGGACAUGUUUGGGGAUGGUAUCUGCUGUCGAGGCUGUUUUUACGGCAGAAACCUCAGCCUCUGAGACUUCCGACUACAAUGCCUGCAACUCUGCUUGUCCAGAUUUGAGUGAUGACCAAAGGGAAGAUGAGGAUUUCCAGUGGGAGGAAGACCAGUUUGACAGAACCUUUGGGAUAGAAGAUUUUGGUUAUGGCAGCACUGCCACUGAUGUUGCUGAUGAUCUUCCGCCAUCACAAGCCCUUGCCGCAAUCGAAGCUGCUAAUAUCCCAGAUUACCCAUUGCCCUUGGAGAUUGAAUACCAGAUGCCUGAUCUGGAUCACUUAGGAGAAAAUCAACGCCAGGAGUUGCUGAGACUUCUGUGUAGUUACAGUACCCUUUUUGAUGGAGGUGAGGAUACUGUGGGCCACAUCCCAGGCAUUCAGCACAGGAUUAAUACAGGGCAAGCAACACCUGUAUCUACCUGCCAGUGGCGUCUCCCGCAAGCAACCCGUCAAACAAUACACAUGCGCUAG